UUGAAAGUCACUUAUCCGUCCUAGACUCCACUCCUACUGUCCAUUUCGCCUACGACAACAUACUGCGGAGUACUAUAAAUACAACCAAGCGCAUCCGCAAACAAACCAAAUACAAACAAAAACUCAGCCGCCGCAUUUAUUUCCGGAACCACUCGAUAACGAUGGAUUGCACGGCGGCGAAAGUAGCCAGUGUCCGUAACAUGGCCGUAGCUGCUGCCCUCCUGCACCUUCUAUUGAUGUCGUUUACUGCGAAUGCGGCGGUUUACAAGGUUGGGGAUUCAGCUGGUUGGACUACUAUUGGUAACAUCGAUUACAAGCAGUGGGCCGCCACCAAGGAUUUCCGGCUCUCCGAUGUCAUUGUUUUUGAGUACAAUCCUCAAUUUCACAAUGUUAUGCAAGUGAGUCAUGCGGCAUACAAGGCAUGUAAUGCAUCAUCUCCAAUUACAACUCACACCACAGGAAACGAUAGCAUAAGUAUUACUAGGCAUGGCCAUUACUUCUUCCUUUGUGGGGUUCCUGGUCACUGCCAAUCUGGGCAGAAAGUUGACAUUCAUGUGGUACGCAGCAGCUCUUCGUCCAUGGCUCCAUCCCCUUCAGUCUCAGUUGCUUCAUCUCCUGAACAUCCUGUUGCCAGUGCCGUGUCUCCUGGUCCUUCAAGUGCUGCUGCGGCUGUCACACCAUUGGACCCACUAAAGGGGCUUCUAACUAUAACUGUUGCAGCAAUGCUUGCAUUUUUGUUUGCUUCACGGUGUCUAAUGUAGAUGUAGCAACAAGGACUAAUAUAAUAGUUGAAACAACGGUUACCAUUUUAACUAUGUUUUUACUUUAGUGUGGGGUUAUGGAGCAUAAAUCUCCUGAGAGACAAUUGUAUGAGUAUACGCUGGAUAUAAGUCCCGAUUAAUGUUUUUGCAAAAGAGGAAUCAUCGUGCUUCAGUUUCACAAA